GCUGGAGUCGUCACUCGCUCAGCUGUAGGAACAACCAUAGGGAACAACUCCAGGUUAUUAACAAGAUGCACGUGCUGCUCCUGAAAGAACCGAGAGAUGGAGGGACUGAGCCUGAUCCUUACAUCAAGGAGCUGGCGUCCCAUGGUCACAAAGCCACCUUGAUCCCUGUGCUGUCUUUUAAGUUUGUCUCCUUAAACACGUUGUCGGACAUGCUUUUCCAACCAGAAAAGCACGGAGGACUUGUAUUCACCAGUCCCCGAGCGGUAGAGGCCGUGAGGAUGUGCUUAGAAGCAGAAGAAAGAAGGGAGGAGUGGAACAGCUCUGUGAAAGACACAUGGAACACCAAGUCCAUCUAUGUGGUCGGGAAGGCAACUGCUGCUUUAGUACGAAAUCUAGGUCUGAAUCCUUUGGGGGAGGACACGGGGACGGCAGAGGUCCUAUCACGUCUCAUCAUUGAACGAGAGGACACAAAUAUUCCACCACUUUUUUUCCCCUGUGGCUCAAUCAAGAGAGAAGUCUUGCCUACGGCUCUGAGGGAAAGCGGAGUGCCCCUGGAGACGCUGACUGUCUAUCAAACAGCCGAACAUCCAGAUCUGGAGAAAAACCUGAAGAACUACUUUACAGAGGAGGGCACCCCGGCCAGCGUGGCUUUCUUCAGCCCAUCAGGAGUGAAGUUUUGCCUGGAAGUGCUGCGGAAGUUGUCGGGUGAACACGUCACGGAAAUAAAGUUUGCAGCCAUAGGGCCGACCACACAAGACGCGAUGACGGCAGAAGGCCUGUGUGUCAGCUGCACGGCAGAGAAGCCAACAGCGGAGCACCUGGCUGCAGCCAUGGCCAAAGCUCUUCAACCACAGCCACUUUAAAAUCAUCCACUUAAAUUCUCUAUAUUUUUUUAUAUUCUAUUUAUUUGUGUUGCCGUUUGCCUGUUUAACUUUACGCUCUUAUCUUGCAAUUUAUGAAUGUUUAUUUAAGAUAUACUUCGCCAUAGAGAAAAAAGUGGCGUCUUGUGCCAGAGAGGCCACAGCAAUGUAUGUGAAUAGGAUUGUGUAUUUAUUUAUGUUAAACACAAGUGAGUGAUUAUUUUCAAAAAUAAACUUGGGUCCGUUUGUUGUUGGGA